UGCAUUAUAGAGCAGUACAAAGWUUAAACAUACACUUCCCUCACAAUGGCAGAACUCAAUAUACGCAGAAUUAGUGCAGAAUUGCAGAAAAUCGCCAACGAGCAGCUGAAUGAGGUGCCCGCACAUAUUGGCGAUGAUAUUGCARCGCUACGCACCUGGAUCAAGCAGCAGCCACAUUUGCGCGCACGAGACGAUGAUCAAUUUUUACUCUCAUUUCUCCGUGGCUGCAAAUUCAGUUUGGAAAAGGCGAAGGGUAAAAUUGAUAAAUACUAUACGUUGCGCACCAAAUAUCCGGAUUUCUUUGGCGCGUACGAUGCUGAUGACGCAAUGCUUCGUACAAUUAUUAAUGCUGGCAUAAUUCUGUUGCUGCCGAAACCAUUGCACGAGCAUGGCGCACGCAUUAUACUCAUACGUCAGGGUGCACUGCCAGCCGAUAAAUACACGAUCGAACAUUUCAUACGCGCCGCAAGUCAUUUACAAGAAAUUAUAAUACGCGAGGAUGAUCACGCCAUUAUAUCGGGUAUGAUAUCGAUUGUUGAUAUAGAAGAUUGUACGACUGGACAUGUUAUGCAAAUGACGCCAAGCGUUAUGAAGAAAAUGUCCGUACACGCCGAGGAGGCGGUGCCUUUACGACCAAAGCAACAACAUUUCAUACAUACACCCAGUGGCUUUGAAACAGUUUUCAAUGCAAUGCGUCCAUUCAUGAGCAAGAAACAACAGAAUAGAAUUUCAGUGCAUGCCGAAAAGUUGGAUAGAUUUUAUGAACAUGUACCAAGGUCUUAUCUACCCGUGGAAUAUGGCGGCAAUAAUGGCACGAUAGCAGAGAUUAUCAACUAUACAAAUAAACAGUUGGACGARUAUCGUGCAUAUUUUAAGGAAAAUAAGAAUUACGGCACUGAUGAAAGCUUGCGCUCGGGCAAAGCCAUCGAUUUUGAAAGUUUAUUCGGUGUGGAGGGUUAUUUCAGAAAACUGGAGGUGGACUAGAUUUUAUUGAACGAACCUGUUUUAAUAUUCAACGCAAAAAUUCUAAAUUAUAACAUAUUUAAGAU